AUGGAUUAUACUAAGGACAAUAUUCUAAAGCGAAAUAGUCAGGUACAAAAAGACAAAUAUGGUUGUGUGCAAGACGUCUUUGCAAUCCAGCCCAAAACAGACUUGGAAGUAACUGUAUGUGUGGUGUUUGGGCUAUUGUACGAGGCUCAGAGAACCCAAUUGGGCAAGACAGAUGUGCCCCCCGCUGCCACCGCUCAAAGUGCAAAUGAUGAGACACAGCCCUUACAUCAUCUCAUCGUCUUUGGCAUCACAUGCCCUCCUCCCACAUCGGUCGAACAUGCAGACAUCCGGGUCAAGAGUUACAACGUGAGCUCCAGGGAGCGGUACACAUGUAACUCUGGCUUCAAGCGUAAAGCCGGGACAUCCAGCCUGACCGAAUGUGUGUUCAACAAGACCAUGAACGUGGCCCAGUGGACAAUUCCCAAUCUCAAGUGCAUCAGAGACCCCUCCCUGACUCACCUAAGGCCAUCCUCCACAGAAGUGCCAGCAGGGGUGACCCCAGAGCCACAGAGCACCUCCCUUUCUGGAAAAGAACCAGCUUUCACUUCCACGUCAGACACCACAGUGGCCACAAAGCCCGAUAUUGUGCCAGGCUCCAGGCCGAUGCCAUCAAAGCCUCCUGCUACAGGAACCACAGGGCCGAUCAGUCAGGAACCCUCCCAAGCCCCACCUCAGACAACGGCAAAGGCCUUGGAACGCACUCCCUCUGCCUCACAGGAGACGCCAGGUACAUAUUCAUACAAUUCUGGAGUUGUGACUGUGGCGAUCUUCACACCUGUCGCUGUGCUCGGGGUAGUAUGUGCGGUGCUUCUUCUGGUCUGUUACCGAAAAUCCAGGCAAACUUCGCAGACACCCAGUGUUGAAAUGGAAAGCAUGGAAGAGAUGCCAAUGACUAGGGGAACCAGCAGCAGAGAGGAGGAUGCAGAAAACUACCCACACGACCUGGGACACUCAGGGGGAGACAGGGCAGCAGAGACUUGAGCAAAGGCGCCAACCCUGCCCUAG